AGUACAAAGGUAGAGAAUGUAGAGGUCAAGGAAAACGGCAGGAAACUGUUCUCGCAUAUUCGACCGAGCCCUUUGACCUUCACCGACUUCCCAGAAUCCAUUGCGGUCCUCCACAUUCGUGUGUGUCAAAACCGGUCAAAACCAAGAUGGCGCUCCACCGGCUGUUCCAGCUGUCCUCCGUGCUGCGCUCUGCCGUCAGCCUGACGCUGCGCAGGAACGUCGGCCUCUCCGCCGUCGCCUUCAACAAAGCCAAGGAGCUGGACCCCGUGCAGAAGCUCUUCCUGGAUAAGAUCCGCGACUACAACCGCAAGAGCAAGACCACCGGUGGCAUCGUGGACGCCGGCCCAGCGUAUCAGAAGAACCUCUCUGAUGAGGUGUCCAAGCUGCAGAGGUUAUACGGAGGAGGAGACAUGGACAAGUUUCCUGACUUCAAAUUCACAGAGCCGAAACUCGUGGAGGGAGCAAAGUAGAAAACGUCUGAGUAAAAUGUAAAUGUACAUGUCACACAUGUGUUUAAUAAAGGGUUGGGUUACUUCAUGGUG